AUGCGGAGUGAGCCCAGCCCUGCCCCAGCCAUGCAGGAGCCGGAGCGCGGUGCCCCCGCCGCCUCCGCCCGCCCGGACCUGGACACGCGUGAAGGCGAGGGGGGUGACACGGCCGGCUGCCAGCUGUCCCCGGGGUCGGAGCGGGACGGAGCACCCCAGCCCCAGGAAGAGUCCUCGGGAACCCCUCACGUCCCCCCGCCGGACCCGCAGCGGGUUCACUCCGCACCGGAGCUCGUCAGGCCGCCGCGAGCGAUGGACCGGACAGACAGAUCCCCCCAGAGUGGGGCUGACUACAGCUUCCUGGUGAGCCAGAACACAAAGCUCCUGAGCGCGCUGGAGGACCUGCGGCACCGCUGCUCCAGCCUGGCCCAGGAGAACAGCUUGCUGCGCAGGAGCUGCUUCCCCCAGACAGAGGAGAAGGUGAAGCACCUCAAGAGGAAGAACGCGGAGCUGGCGGUGAUUGCCAAGCGCCUGGAGGAGAGAGCUCGGAAGCUCCAGGAGGCAAACCUCAAAGUGGACGACCCUCACUGCCUGAAUGUCAUCGAAUUUGAUCGCUUGCUGCGGGAAUCCCAGCAAGAGGUGCUGCGGCUCCAGAGGCAGAUUGCGCUCAAGAAUUUCAAGGAG